AUGAGCUUAUUCAUCGUGAAUUCGUCACCAUCGCGCCUUGUGAUUUACCCGUAUUUGAUUUACCACUCGCAGGUGAGGGGGCAGUACGACUUCAGCCAGCGGUUCCUGCGGGCGCGCCGGACGUUCUAUCUCGGGGCCGACGACAUCCGGUCGCUCAGGCGGCGGAUCGACGACCUCGCCUCGGCCGAGUCUGCUGCCGGUGGCGACGCGCCCAAGCCGAAACCGGUGUCGACGUUCGUGGCGCUGGCGGCACUGAGCUGGACGGCGUUCGUUCGUUCCAAGGGGCUCGGCGCAGGGGACGACACGUACCUCAUGUUCCUCGCCGACCUGCGCUCCCGCCUCGACCCGCCUGUCAGUGAGGCUUACCUGGGCAACUGCGUGCGCGCGUGCUUGGCCAGCUGCGCCGACGCGGCGGACCUCCUCGGCCAGUCCGGCAUCCUCCGCGCGGCGCGGGCCGUGCAGGCGGCUGUGGCGGAGAUGGAGGCGGCGCCGUUGUCCGGGACGGACAAGGGGUGGAUGCAGAUGCUGAUGCGGCUGCCGUUUCAGCGGAUGACCAACGUGGCGGCGAGCCCUCGGUUCCGGGCCUACGAGGCGGCCGACUUCGGGUUUGGGAAGCCCGCGCGCGUGGAGCUGGUCUCCAUGAACCACGACGGUGAGAUGGUGCUGGUCGGUGGCCGGCGCGACGGCGAGGUGCAAGCCUCCGUGUCCAUUGACCCGGCGCACAUGGACGCAUUCAAGGCCUGCAUCCUCGGCUAG